UUAAUGUUUCCCUUCCAGGACACCUUAGAUGAUGACAGGAGUCCGUUGGCGAUCCCGAGCGGCUGGAGCUCCUCUCGCCUCCUCCGAGUUCGCGCACCAGCAGCCACUCAAAUGGUGCCUUUCACCUCACUCGCAGGUAUCUCUGCUGUCAACUCUCCGCAGAGGAGUGCGAUUUCACCGGCGAAUCCUCAUCUUCACGCUGGAAAAAAAUCAGUACUUGUAACUUGAUUACGAACAAUAUAUAUUCAUAAUAAGUCAAUUUUAAAAUAUACAAAUGGCGUCAAUUGGGGACUUCGAUCCGCUAAACUCAAGCGUGCCUGCAACUAAGAUUGAAGUUACCGUGUCAUGCCGGAGCCUGCUGGAUAUGGACACCUUCUCCAAGUCGGAUCCAGUGGUGGUCCUGUACGUGCAGGGUAUCGGCACUAAAGAAUGGAGGGAGUUUGGCAGAACAGAAGUAAUCGACAACACCCUAAACCCAGACUUUGUGAGAAAAUUUGUCUUGGACUACUUCUUCGAAGAGAAGCAGAAUCUGCGCUUUGAUGUGUACAAUGUGGACUCAAGAAGUUCAAACAUUUCUAAACAUGACUUUCUCGGACAGACAUUCUGCACCCUGGGGGAGAUCAUCGGGUCCAAAGGCAGUCGGCUGGAGAAAACCCUCUCAGGGAUUCCUGGGAAGAAGUGCGGCACCAUUAUUUUCACGGCGGAGGAGCUGAGUAACUGCCGGGACAUAGCCACCAUGCAGCUGUGUGCCAACAAGCUGGAUAAGAAGGACUUCUUCGGAAAGUCGGACCCGUUCCUGGUGUUCUACCGUAGCAAUGAGGAUGGAACGUUCACCAUUUGCCACAAGACUGAGGUGAUAAAGAACACGUUGAACCCAGUAUGGCAGUCCUUCACCAUCCCUGUCCGGGCGCUCUGCAAUGGUGACUAUGACAGAACCGUCAAGGUGGACGUAUACGACUGGGACAGAGAUGGAAGCCAUGACUUCAUUGGCGAGUUCACCACCAGCUACAGGGAGCUGUCUCGCGGACAGAGCCAGUUCAACGUCUAUGAGGUUCUAAACCCAAAAAAGAAAGGAAAAAAGAAAAAAUACAUAAAUUCUGGAACUGUUACUCUACUGUCCUUCAAAGUGGAGUCAGAGUACACGUUUGUGGAUUUCAUCCGUGGCGGCACUCAACUCAACUUUACAGUGGCCAUUGACUUCACCGCAUCCAAUGGGAACCCCUCCCAGCCAACGUCCCUGCACUACAUGAACCCAUACCAGAUGAACGCCUAUGCCAUGGCGCUCAAGGCUGUGGGGGAAAUCAUCCAGGACUAUGACAGCGACAAGCUCUUCCCAGCUUAUGGCUUUGGGGCCAAGCUGCCACCAGAUGGAAAGAUUUCCCAUGCCUUUCCUCUGAACUCAGACCCGGAAAAUCCAAACUGUGUGGGAAUCGAGGGGGUGCUGGAGGCUUAUUUCCAGAGCCUGCGGGCCGUGCAGCUUUAUGGCCCAACCAACUUUGCUCCUGUCAUCAACCAAGUGGCACGGUCGGCAGCUGAAAUUACGGACGGCUCUCAGUAUUUUGUCUUGCUCAUGAUCACAGACGGGGUGAUAUCUGACAUGGUGCAGACCAAGGAAGCCGUGGUCAAUGCUGCAAGCCUACCUAUGUCUAUCAUCAUUGUGGGGGUGGGACCAGCUGAAUUUGAUGCCAUGGAGGAGCUGGAUGGGGAUGAGGUGAGAGUGUCCUCCAGGGGGCGCUUCGCAGAGAGGGAUAUCGUCCAGUUCGUGCCCUUCCGGGACUACAUCGACCGGGCAGGGAAUCAGGUACUGAGCAUGGCCCGCCUAGCCAAGGACGUGCUGGCCGAGAUCCCCGAGCAGCUGCUGUCCUAUAUGAAGUCACAGGGUAUCGAACCCCGGCCCGCCCUGGACGGCAUGCCCACACUGCACAUGCACAUCUAAGGGCGACCAUCCCAGGUCCUCCAAAAACGUUUCUCCUUUUUACACGCACACACACACACACACACACACACACACACACACUCACUCAUCUACACAUGCUGUCUCAGUGGAGAGUGACUGGAGAAGAUUUGAUGCAUAUUUCUCAAAGUUCUAAGCAGACGGCAGACACGUGAACAGCCAGUCCCUACUGAUCGCAAACGCGGCCGCGGCUCCGCAUCUCCAUCCGUUUCGGCUGCCUCUCUCUCAGCAGCACGGCAGUCUGAUGCCAGUCAAAGGCAGCUAGAGCUUCAUUUCCACCUUCUUCAACAUACAAGAAGGGAGUCCGCUAAAGAUUCCUGCUACGUGUUUCUCAGAUGACAGCCAGGCAAAGCCAGACCCGACGGAUCACCUGAGGAUGUUACUCAUGCCGUCCUUCAUCCUGUAAUUUAGUCUUGUGCUUUAAUGUAAGACUUUGAAAGAAGAAAACAGUCCUGAAAGAUAAGCUGCUCGUUUGUCUGCCCGCCGUGAGAGUCAAAAAAAGUUGAAGUUCUAUUUAUGUAUAAAUUAUGUAAGAGUUUGAGGGAUGAGGAUGAAAACUGUGAGGUUACCUGUUUGUAGAUGCCCACACAGCAUAGCGAAUGUCAGGUGUACUGAUCCCCUGCCAUGAGUGAAAUGCCAGGACAUCCUGGGGUGCUCAGUGGGGAGGGGGCCAUCGGACGCCAGUCCGUCUGACUGUGUGUCAAUAGGGGGCAAGAAGCAAUGGAGCUGGUGGAGGGGUUUGGACGGCGGCAUGCCAGGUUUUCGGCAAAAGACGAGGCCUUGUCCAUAAUUCCUGCUGCCGCUUUGAGAAGUAGGACGUGCUCAUGGGUUGAUCGUCUGCUUCUCA